AUGACGUACUUGCUGCGUGUACAGCAGUUUACCCUGAUCUCACAGAGAGCAGCUAACUAUGUUAAUUGAGAAAAUAAUGUGUUUGUUAUGUUUAUAAAUCAACUGUUUUAAUACCAUUUUGUAGAAAAUGUGGUAUCAAGGUUAUCGCUGUUCGGAUUUGAAGAGACUGGAAUCAAACGGAAAAAAACUCCCAUCUGUACAUACAGUCUGUACUACAGAACGGGUCAUUGCUUUGAGUUAAAAGUGUUCCUUUCGUAUUUAACUUUUGACGCACUUUAUAUUUUCUACAAAUAUGGAAAUAGAAGAAGCAUUUCAAGUGGUUGGAGAAAUGGGGAUUUAUCAAAUGUACCUUUGCUUUCUACUGACAUUUUUAUUAACGUUCUAUGUUUCUACUGAAGCCAUUCUUAUUGCCUUGGUGGGGUUGGCACCUCCUUUUGACUGGGAUCUGGAGAGACAGUUCACCAACCAAAGCCUGACCCACAAAUCAGCUGAUGAAGAUCAGAUAUUCAGACACUGGCUGCAUGAAGCAAACCAAAGUGAAGUGCACAGACAUGUGCACUUCAACGGGAGUUAUACAUCAAUUACUUCAGAGAUGGUGGCUGUCGACAUACGGCAUGCAUCCACACAAGACGUGGUACUUGAUCGGGGAUGCAGCCUACAAAGUCUCCCUGGCAAGCUCUUUUUACUUUGGUGGCGUGUUGAUGGGAGUACUCGCCUUUGGCCAUCUCUCUGAUCGUUAUGGGAGAAAGAAACUCUACCUCACUGGUUUGGCGCUUGAUAUCACAUUUGGAGUUACAAGCGGACUUGCACCGUCAUACCAGCUGUUUGCUGCCUCCCGCUUUCUGGUGGGCAUUAUGAAUGGAGGAAUGUCCUUGGUUGCCUUUGUUUUACUAAACGAGUAUGUGGGCACUUCCUACUGGGCACUCACAGGAUCUUUGGGCAGCUUGUUUUUUGCUGCAGGAAUCUCUGUGUAUGCAGUGAUGGGUUAUUUUAUUCACUCCUGGAGAAUGCUGGCUCUUGUCACUAAUUUGCAAGGGGUGCUUUUAUUUGUGCUCUCAGUGUUCAUCCCUGAAUCUCCACGCUGGCUAUAUGCACAAGGGCGCCUUAGUGAGGCUGAAGAUGUCCUUUACCACAUCGCGAGGAGAAACCAUAAACAGAAAUGCACAGUGUCCUUAAAACCCCCGCUGGACAGAAGAGACAGGCAGACAGCGGGUGCCCUGGACCUGUUCUGCCACAGGAUCCUUCUCAAGCGCACGCUUGUUAUGAUGUAUUCAUGGUCUGGACGCAGAAGGACGUUGUCAGGAUUUCUAUUCUUGGGAGGUAUAGCCUGCCUCAUUAUCAUGGUCCUGCCAGAGAAACAAGAAGCAGGGGUGUUUGCAUAUGUAAAUAGCAGGUCAUUGUCUUUGCUGGGGAAGAUGACAAUCAGUGCAGCCUUUAAUAUUGUCUAUAUCUACUCUUCAGAGCUCUAUCCCACUGUAGUCAGGAACAUUGGGAUGGGCAUGUGCUCCGUGGCAGCUAGGAUAGGGGGCAUCAUUGCAGCCUUCAUCCCUUCUCUGAAAUCAGUCCAGUGGGCCUUACCUUUUAUUGUGUUUGGUGUUGCUGGCUUAUCAGCAGGAGUUCUGAACCUCUUGUUACCAGAAACCCUCAACACACCCCUGCCGGAGACCAUUUCCGACUUGCAUGCUGGCUCGUAUCGGAGACUCGGAGAUGAAGGGUUGCCAUUACAGGCAUUCAGCAACGGAUUGAGACAAUCUUGUUCCUGUGGAAGGAGUUUCAUUAUUUUUAAGGUAACAGAAAGCCCUGGAGAGACUGACGAGGAAGAAUACUUGGACGUGAAUGAACAAACUCAAAUGAUCUUGUGAGCAAUUUAACUGGAAUUCUACAUUAACAAGCACUACAGAUCAAAUACAGCCCUGGUCUUUUGAGACAAGAAACUCAAAGGGGGCAGUGAAAAUAAAUACUGACACAUAAUCCUCUGUCCACAGUUAUAAAUUCUAAAGAUCUAUGGAUUAGUAUCCAAUUUCCUCUUUAGAAUUUUACAACACAGAAAGACACAGGACUCCUGCUUCCAUGGGCUGCAAUGGCGUUGGUUUAAAACAAUAUUAUGAAAGUCUUCAAACUGUAGGAUAAAACGUAAGCUGCUGUAUAGAAAGACAAUUGAACCGGUAUCAAUCUGGUAUGUGUAAAACGACAAUGUAAAACUUUAAGGUGCUGUCAAAUACAUCUGUCAGGAUCAUUUUAUUUGUUUAUUUUUAUAGAUUGCUAAUAGACUCCUCAUAUCAGCGUUAAUCGACGUAGUUUUUAUCGCAAUCCUGUCCUGAACUAUAUUGUAAAAAAACUCCUAUCAAAAAAUCUAGACUGUAGCACAGAUGUUAUUCUGCACCGUGUGGUUCAUCAGUGCUUGAAGUUUCUGCACCAGACAAACUUGAAUGUAUUUUUGUGCAAUUAAUUUAGAGAUCAUGCGCUUUACAAAUAUUGACAAGGAUAAUGUUAAUAAUUACAAGUGGAUAUUGUAUAGAUAUAAAAAUGUAUUAACUAAGCUGCAUUUCCAUAUACACUGCUCUCACACCUCAAAUUGGCAUUCUGGUGAUUUCUUUCCAAAUUCCUCCUUUGGGAUAUACUGAAUGUUCUAUCGAGCUGCCUUGUAGACUUGAUUUAAGCAGAGGUUUUAAUUAUAUACAGUGAUAGCCAAAGUAUCUACACCCUCAAUUAAUUUCAGAAUUAUUCCUUUGAGUAACAUACAAUGAAUGUUGACGUUGAUCAAAUGGUUUGAUGUACUGCAGUUGAAACAUUAAGGCAUUUGUUUGGUGGAUAACCCAGACCAUCAGGAUAAACAUUAUUGGAAGCAUGUUGUUGACUGCCUUGAAUGCAUGGUUUCAGAUACAUUGUCAGGGCAGUGUAUAUGGCAAUAAUACAUCAAGGGGUUGUUUGUAUCCUAAGGGUCAAAACAAUACUAAACCAUAUUUGGAGUUAUUGUAAGAACAAACUCAAACUCUCUUGAUGGAAAAUAAAUUUUUGUACUGUAUAUGUAUUUAUCUUUUUAAUAUAAUUUUACUACUUAGGAAAUUUUAUUCAUAAGCAAUCCCCAGAGGAAGGCCUAGGCAAACUAGGCAGCCUAGGCUGACAAAAAAACUAAAAAUGAAAGCAAGAAAUCUGCAUUAUGUGCGAAACACCGCUCCCGUGAUGUUUAGUACCACAGUAACUGGCAUCACACUAAAGAAUUCGAUCCAAACACGCUCUUUCGCAUGGUAUGGAGUGAUCAAUAGUAAACUGAGUUAAUUAUAUUUAUUAUGCCAUUCUAUAGAGAAAAUAGCAUUAUGACUGACUAACUUCCAAGAAUUUGGUAAGUUAAUAAUUUAGACGUAUGUGAGUUUACGGUAUUUUAACAGUAAAUACCAAUGCUAAUAAAAUGUGUUCAAUAACGACCUCUGAAGUCCCGAACCAGUCAAUAAAAAUUAAAAAUAAUCUGAAUGUUACCUAUCACAUGACACUGGCAAUAUUACUAACCUGUAAAGACAUUUAAUACUGUAGGCUACUAGUUAAAUGGAACCCGACCCAGACAUGAGUUGAAUUUAGUAAAAAUGAUCGAUUAAUUAAUUAAUUAAUUUUUAAACUGACUAGCUAAGCUACUGUCAUCAGAUUCAAAUCUUCCUACUUACCCAUAUGUCAUAAUUACGGGGUGACCAGAUGGCUCUGUGUCACCGGUGAGACACUUUUCUUCUGAAGACACUAUUUUGGCACUGGGACAGGCUGAGACAGUUCAGGUUUACAGACUCCCAUCAUCACCAAUCCAUUAACAGAUGUGUCGGGUUAUUCAAUUGAUCCGUGAUAAGCGAUUCGUGCAUCUCAGUUACAACUGAGAAAUGUAUUAAUAAUAAUAAUAAUAAUAAUAAUAAUAAUAAUAAUAAUAAACUUGUGAAGUACAGUAUUUCGUGUUUGUGUAUUUGCUGCACAUACAAAUGCUGUUUGCUGCCUUCCUGUUUAAUAAUAGCCUACAUGCUUACCCUUAAGAAAAAAGAAAAAAAAGGUAUGCAUUGGGAAUAUAUGUGCAUAUAUUCUAAAAGCAUGCAGUUAGUUUAAUUAUAGUGUGUGUAAUUAGACUGACAGUAUUGGGGAAGGUAGUACUAGUAGUUGGCAUGACAACGUCUGUGUUGCCCUGCAGCCCUUUCUGCUAAGUUUUUGUACAAGUUUUAAUUUUCAAAACGUACGGUACAUUGGGAGUGUGUUUAGAUCAUUUGAUGGCACAGAUUCAUGUUAAAUUGUGAUCCAUAAUGUGUGCUACGCAAGUUAAGAAGCUAUCUUUUCGGUCUGCCCCACAAACUACCGUUUAAAAAUGGUUGGAUAAGUCCCUAUAGAGUUGUGUUCUUAAGCACGAAAAAGCUAAUUUGCAAUAUCAAAGGAAAGUUGUUUGCCAAAACCAUUAAUUUUCAACCUGUACAUUUAGUUUCACGAUACAGUUUAAAAUGAUGAUGUUAUUGAAGUUAUGAAACAGUCAUUUCAAAAUCCCAUAUACUGUGGGAAAUCCAAUUUUAAAAUCUGUACACGGUCCCUACAAUUUUUCAAAACAGAAACCAGCACACCGAGAGAUUGCACAAUACAAGCUGAAUCAAAAACCUGUUGAUUUUUAAAAAUAAAUAAAAUAAUCAUUACUUGACUGAUAUAAGGGUGCCAAAUUGCUUAGCACUGGCCCUGCCAGUGAAAGGGAUUUGGUAUAUACCUGAGCAACCUCUGCCUGCUCCAAAGCAUCCAUGUGUUUCAGUGCUCAUCUCAUAUGAUAAAGGUUUGUCUACACAGUUCUUGAAUGAAAAGCACUUUUAAGGUAUUUUCUAUAAUUUUAGUGCUUGCUCAAGUGAACUAGAUCAAGAAAGAAAAUCUUGAUUUGAUUAUUUAUAACAUUCGCUCUCAAAGUUGUCACCACAGCAAUGUUUUCUAAAUUACUUAAAUAUUUGAAUCAGAUGUUAGUUUUACUGAAGUGAUAUGAAGUAAUAACCUAUAUUUAAACAUUUAAAACCGUCAACUGUAAAAAUCACAAAUCUUCUUUUUUUUUUUUAUAUAUUUUUUUUUAAUAUAACACAUUCAAAAUGUUCAAUAGCUUGGCAUUUCAUUCCUUGUUGUGCAGUUAUUGAGUGCAGAGCAUGUCUGAUUGUCCUAAAAAAUACAUUGAAUUGUACUUAAAGGGGCAUCAUUACCUUUUUAAAGUUCCAAAAUAUGGUUGUGGAAACAUUAUUAUAUGUUGUAUGUUGACAGCUACAUGCUGUCACUGGAAACUUCUUUAUUUGUAAUUCUGCAUUCUGUUGUCCUAACUGAUGUGCACUUCAGUUCCCUGUUUCUCACGUCUUGGCAAAAAACUUAGGUUUGAAAUAUCUUUGGAUCUAAGGCAGCUAGGAGUAACCAUAUAUUUGUUUCGUACAAUUUUGUGCUGUUCUUCAUAUUGAUUAUAAGGUGUUGAUUCACGUUCGUUUUUACGGAAUCUGUUAACCUGUAUUUGUGUUGACAUUUGACCUGUCCAUGUGCCUCUAUUACUGCUUAUGUCUAACUUCUGAUCAAUGUGUCUUUUGCUUUCCUUGAAGAGAGUGAGAAAACUUUUGAAUAAAAUACUUGCAUGUAACAUACAGUCAAGUUGCAUGUGCAUUCCCUUUAGUGCAAUAAACAUCUUUUUCAUAUUAUUUGCUGUGUUUUAUUGGUCA